UAUAUUUUAUUGAUUGAUAAUAAAUUUCAACAGAUUGUCUUGAUUGGACACUGGUUUAGAAGCCUUGCUAGUUACGCCUUGUGUCCGUAUAACUAUACUGUUACCGUUUAAACUGUAAAAUUCGUGAUUCCUCCUUGUAGUUCACCAAGAUGUAACAAAAAAGCAAAAAACUCUGUGGAAAACUAAAUCUAAAAUUCAAAAUGCAAAUUAUCUCAACCUACUGCUGACAUCUAUGUCAACUAAAAUUAACUAUCCAUUCAAACUAAAAUCAGACGAUUCCCGAAAAAGCUGUAGUUUGGCCAUAAGUUUAUUUUACAAUGUUGAUUAACGAACUUCCAGAUGAUUGUUUACUCACCAUUUUUGAUUAUUUGAAUAACUUGGAUGAUUUAGUGAACUGCUUUAAAGUGUGUAUCAAGUGGAGUCAUUUAACUGCUCAGAGAACCAAAAAAGUUAAAUAUUUGCUUGGAGGUUAUCCGGAGAAUGGUGAUUGUGUUUCUUAUCGAGGAACAGAACCGAUUGAUGGAACUUGUCUUAGCACAUUAUUUCCGAAUUUAAAAAUUGCUGAAAUUUCUUAUAAAUUUGGUGGAAAAGUCAAACGCGAAGAUAUUGUUGCAUUGCUCAAAAAUCAAAAAUCUCUGAAAGGAUUAACUGGACGAUAUCAUGAAGCACUAUCCGAAUAUUGCGAUAACCUCGAAAUGGUAUCCUUCGAUUUAUUCAAUUCAAGCAGUCAACAUAAUGGUUCCAGUAUAAAACAAUUGUACAGAUGGACAAGUAUAGAUAGAUUCCAAAAAGACGUCCAUUAUUUCCCAAAUCUUGAAAGACUAAAUGUGCACUGUGAUUACGAAUACGACCUUUACACGGGUCCAGUAUUGGAAAAGCUCAAAAUACUUGAACUGUUCUCAUCAUAUCCUCAUGGCAUUUGUUAUGCUCUCAAGUUCAUGGAUUCAUGUCCAAAUUUGCAAAGUGCACAUAUUUUGCUGAAUGAUAAUCCAUUGUUUGUUGAUGAAACAAUAAGACUCGAAUGUUUACAAGAUUUAGUUAUAGAUUAUGAUUGUAAUGACCAAAACAAUUGGAAUGAUUUGAAAAGAUUGCUCAUGAAAUAUCCGAAUCUCAAACAUCUUGCGUUGAGGAAUCUACGUGGCAUAAAAGAUGAACAUAUCAAGCAAUUGGUUCACAUUUUACCCAAUUUGGUUCUAUUUGAUGUUUUUGGAUGUUAUAAUGUGACGCACAGAGCUGCUGAUUAUAUCAAAAAUCAUUGUAAACGAAAUGGAAGGGCAAUCAAAUUCUACUUCAAUGGGAAUGACUCUGAAAUCGAAUUAGAUUGGCCUCAGUUGUCCCCUGAACGAGAAAAAAUUAGUCGAGGUUUCGAUUUCAUGAAACAUUGUUUUCUCAAAGAUUUUCAUUACCUUCCACAUUUCUUAGUUCCUAUUGAUUAUUGAAACCUCAUAUUUAGAUAUUCAAACCAAGAUAUUUUUUUGAAAUUUUCAAUAACAAAUUAACACAAAUAAUCUCAAUAUACUGCUGACAUCUGUUUGAAUUAAAAUUAAAUCAUACUUUCUAAUGACCAAUCAAA